CAGUUCAUUCAGAACAGUCGUAGUGCGCGAACAGCCAGCCAAGCCAACGAGCCAUUGAGGAGUUGAGUUCUAAAAAGGAGUCAAAGUGGCCGUCCCACCACCAUAACCACCAACACCCACCAAAAACUAAGGAAAACAAAACCAUCAUCGAAAACAUCUCCAUAACACCUUUUUGGUUGGCUUAUUUUUGACUGAAAAAUGCAAUUGUCCAUUGUAAUGGUAGUUGGCCUGAUAGCCCUAAUUGGCCAGAAGGUCAGGGCAGUGCCAACAUCUGUGUUGGCCCAAAAUUCGGAACUCUUGACAAAUGCCAACAAUAAGCUACAGGAGCAACAGCAACAGCAACAACAGCAGCAGCAGCAGGAACAACAGCCGGCAGCAGUGAAACGGUCACCAGAGGAUGUCAAUGUGGCGGCCACUGUGGCACCUGCCGACAAAAAGUCAAGUCCGGAAAUUGUUCCAGCUUCCUUUAGUAAUGCUCCGGCCGCAAGAAGCCCGACGAAUACCCAAGAACAAAGAGCGGGCAUCUAUGCUCUCCCUUCCAAUGAUGAGAUUUUGGCUGCUGUGGCCGCUGCAGCUGCCCAGAGCAGUCAACUGCAGCAGAAUGAUCCGACAGCCCUAGAGGAGGCAGCCAGUUCCACUUUGCAUAAGCGAGGCAUUAACUACGAGUACAAUCCCUAUAUGCCAGCCGCUUCCAAUGAUUACGACGUGCCCAGCGGCAUGUGGGCAGAUGAAUAUGAACCGUCGGCAUCCGGAGCAGCUACAGCUCCAGUCUCGGUGCCAGUUCCUAUUGGCUACUCGGACCGCGAUCUUCAGGAAUUGGACGAAUAUGCCCCAGAGCGGCGAUUGAGCAGCUCCAGUGCCCGGAACAAGGCAUAUGAUAACCUGCAGAAUCUGCUCAAUGCUGAAGCCUACUUGGAGAGCAUUCCCCUGUCUGUGCCCCUCACCUACGCCAAUCGCAACUACAAUCUAGAUGAGCGCAACAAACGAGGCAUCUACUACAACAUGGAAAACGGCCUGGCCAACGAGAAUAUUAACUUGAACAAAUAUCGCCGAUACGGAGAUAUGCGCCUAAAACGGGACACCACCAAACUCAAUCCCGCCGAUAUGUUGGCAUUGGUGGCUCUGGUCGAGGCUGGUGAACGUGCUCGUAAGGAAAGCGAUGUGGAGAGUGCACCUGUAUCUGCCCCCCUGAUGAAUAACGAAGAUGUUGAAUAUUUGCCACCUGGCAGUUGGCUAGAGAGUCCUGUCUCCGUUCAAGCGCAGCCCUCUCUGGUGGACUACUAUGGCAUGCCAGUGGAGCCCCAACUAAUGAAAUACGAUUAUAUGCCCCGGCAACACAAAUAUGGAUCGAUCAAUGGCCGUUUCGGAUCGUCUAAGCGCUUUAUGGUGGCCAAGAAGAAGCGUUCUGUUAGCCAGAGUCAGUUCAUGAACGAACCUGUGGCCGAACGUGGACCCAGCUAUAAGGGCGAAAAGUAUUUCUAAAUAUGUUCCAAUAUCUUUGUUUUAAUGAUGCAAUUGUUGAAAUCAAAGGCAGACAGAAUUAUAGUGAGAGAGAGACAGAGCAAGUCAAAUAUGAACGUCAAAAAUCUUGUGCAAUUUUUGUGUAGAAUUUCAAUUUUAAAAACAGCAAAGAAAAACAAUUAAAUUAUUGUUAUACAUAUAUAUUACUACCUACGAAAUAUUGUAUGUCAAAAAUGAAAGCAUAAUCAAAUCAAUGUUUUUGAAACACUGACACAGGGUUUUACGAUUUUGUCCAAUGGAUUCUUACAUAGCCGAAACCAAAACCAAAACAUAACCUUACCUAACCUAACCUAACCUAAUCUAACCUAACUUAUCGAUGUCUAUGUAUGGCAACUAAGUGUACAAUUAAACUACAGUAUCUAUAUAGAUAUAUAUACUUAUCAAACUAGAGGCUUCCGAGGUAGUACAAAAGAAAGAAAGUGAAAGCAAAUUACAGAGAAGAAUGAACAAUCGAUAAAUACAAUUACAACCGAGCUCCCAGAUUAUAUCUGCUGAUUUGCUUUAAUAUUUAAAUCUAUAAAUAUCAUAAUAUAUAUAUAUAUAUGUGCAUAUAUUUUCUAUGAGACGCCAUCAACCUCGAUCUUACACUGUGCUACAAACUGUAUUUCCUUCCUUCAAAAACCAGAACAUACGAUCGCCGACUUGAGGACAAGAUGUCGAUAAAAAACAAAUGUAUGACAAUGAUGUCUAUUUUAAAUAUUAUGUAUAUCCGCAACCUAAAUAUAAAUUAAAACCAUAUAAAUAAUAUACAUACAUACAUAUACAUAUAUAUAUAUAGAUAUACACACAUAAUCCUAUUUGUCAAAACGAUUAAGUGGCUCAGUGCAUAAAUAUUUUAAAUAUUUAAAUGCCCAAAAGGAAAACGGAAAGGAGGCGACAUAUAAAUUUAUUUGAUGAAACAAAAUUGUCUGACUGUUUUUUGCAACAAAAAUCCAAACAAAAAACUUAAUAUAUAUAUAUAUACAAACAUAUAUGUAAAGACAUUAUAUAUAUAUAACUAAAUACACUCAAAUAAUUAUUAAAGAAAAUCAUUUUCUCUCUUACGCAAUUUGUUCAGACAUUUUGCUAUUAAUUUUUCACUAUUUAAGUUGAUUUAUGUGAGCUUAAUUUAAAUAGAUUAAUUUACAACAAAAACUUAACUGAUUUAUAACUAAAUAAAAUAUAUUUUUGGUUUGAAAA